CCUGCGCCACCACCAUGUCGCAUCCAUUUCGUUCGUUUACCCCGGCUCAGCUGCGUGCCCUGCCGCGCCAGGCCCACUUUUCUCCCCCUCAACAGGUACUUCUAUCUACCGUGACGACAUUUGCGGCUCAAGUUUUGUCCCGUUCACCACCUAGUAUCACCCUACCGGAACUACAAACGAUUAUGGACUACAAGCUCGCUUUUGGCCAGAAUCGACCCACGUUGCGUGCGAUGAUCAGGAAGAACAUGGAUUCCCAGGUCAAGGAUUGCAGUAGGCGCGCCUUUGUUCUACCAGAACUGCAGUCGGGUCACUGGGACCGCGUCAAGGAAGGCAUGGAUAUCCUGUGCGAGCUCAAAGGUGUGGGCCCGGCAACCGCGUCCUUGAUCCUCAGUCUCGUAUACCCUGAGCAUAUACCUUUCUUCUCCGAUGAGGCGACCGUCGACGUUCUUUCGCCUGCGGGAGGACGGAAAGGGAUCAAAUACACGAUGAAGACCUACAAGGAGCUAUUCGACGCCCUUGGUAGCAUCGCUGGCAGUAUCAACAGCAACGAGGAGCAGGGUGCCGCGCUGGAGGUUACAGUUGGCAGAGGGGCUGUCGAGAGAGCGAUAUGGAACACGGUCAGACUUCAAGGGAACGGCGAGGGUCCGUCGAAAGAGAAGGCGAAGAGGCCGCGAACAGACGACGAUGUGGCGGUCACAAAGAAGAGGAAACGGAUCAGGUCUUGAUGUAAGGGAUAUCGAUAGACCAAGGAGAUCAUGUUGAUCCUAUUUCCAGCAGUAAUUUCUAUGUACCCAUUUGUGCGCAAUUCAUGCUAACAUUGUAUCUUUCAUAACAAAAGCCUUUUAUAUAAAGGAAAGCCAAAUACCUGUAACAGGGAUUGAAUGGGUCCCAGAGUUCUAGGCAUUUCUGUGAUAACAG